AUGGCACAAGAAGCUCGCGAUAGUGGAAUUUCUGUAGAUAACGAUAAUGAAUCACAAUCGUCAAUUACGUCAUCAUUUCGAGAUUAUCAAAUUUCUUAUGUUCAACGUCUUAGAAAACGUUUUGAAAUUCUUGCAAAAGAACAAGAGAAAGAAUUUCAUUCAGAAUGUAAUUGGUGGCUAGAAGAAGAAGAUUUAAAUGAAAACAUAGAAAAAGAAGCAAGUAAAGAUGAUACCAAAACUCAUGAUAAUUUUUCUCACAGUUCUUCACUUGAAAACGUAUCUUAUCAAUAUUCAAACCAAUCAUUAAUCAUACGCCAAGCCUCGAGCGAAAGCUCUAGUUCUAAGGAUAAAACAAUUUUAAAAGUUACACCCGCAACACCAAUAAAAUCACCAACAUCACCAGAAAAACAUCUUAUUUUAAAUUAUCCCGGCUAUGAAGAAAUUAACGACUCAAAUAAUAUUGACAAAGUGGAAGAAGAAGAUGAUAAUAAUCAGAGUGACUUCUACAUCAGUAAUCAGAGUGACAUAAUGAAAUCGGCAUUAGACGAUGGGGAUUUUGUAAGAAUGACUAAAACUUUAAGUGUAUCUCGACCAGAUUCCUUAAUAUCACAAACUUCAAACACUUCACAAUCGAAACUUUUCAACAUAGUACGUGAACUACUCGAGAAUGAAGAGAAUUAUUGUCGUUCGUUACGAAAUGGUGUUUCUAACUACUUGGGAGCAUUCAACAAAAAAGAUAUUCCGAGAACUCUUCGUGGUCAAAAGCUUCGUAUUUUUGCUAAUAUAAAAAGUAUUUAUGAGUUUCAUGAAUAUGAAUUUCUACCACGUUUAACUCAAUGUGGCGAAGAUCCGGAGCAAAUCGCUGAAGUAUUCACAAGCUUUAUAACUAAAGGGUUUUUCUAUGGUUAUAUUAUUUAUGCAAUAAACAGAAAACGUUCUGAAUUAUUGUGUAACUAUCAUGUUGAUUUCUGGAAGCAAAUUCAAAAUGAAUGUGGAGAUCGUCUUGGGAUAAACAGUUUUCUUCUACAACCGAUACAAAGAUUACCAAGAUAUCAGCUUCUUUUGAACGAAAUAAUAAAGGAUUUAAUGAAAGAUUUAGAGAAUACAAAGCAAGCUGUAGCUGCUUGUUGUGUGGCCGAGAAAAAUGUACAGAGAUUGCUUGAUACUGUUAAUGAAUCAAUGAGCAUCAAUGACAUUCGAAAUUGUUAUGAGAUUGACGUUUUUUGUCAAGGAAAAUUCAUAAAAUUGAAUGAGUUCGAUAUUUACGAUUGGGAAGUGCGGAGACGUUUUAGGGGUAAAGUGUUUUUGUUUGAACGAUGUGUUGUGUACACUGAAGCACUCGCUCGUGAAUAUAUGGAAUAUCGUGGUCAUAUCGAAAUUAAUAAACUUGGAAUAAUUUAUAAAGAAGGGAAAAGUAAAUUUAAACUUUUCACGAAAAAGCGAGGACAAAAAGAAGUUGAGUUUCGAUCCCACAUUAGCGUUGCUGCCGAAUGGGCAAAUAUAAUAACAAGCAUGCUGAUGACAUUCGUGAAAGAAGAGAGAAUUAGAAAUGUGAGAAAACUUUCGAUGAACAGAGUACAUCAAUACAUACCAGACAGCAAUCGAAGCAGCGUUAUAAGUACAAAGAGCGACAUGAGUAAUUUCAGUAUUGGCACUUACAGAAGUAGCAGUGGAUAUGCUAGUCAUGAUCGAGACAGUUUGGAAUCGAAGAAGUCAUCUUGGUACAUCUAAAUAUCAUUUAUCUUUCUAUUUCAUAUUCAGCACUUGUAAAUUUAGUAUAAUUUACAAAAGAAAAUCUUCUAAACUUAUUUUUAAAAGAAAUAUUAAUAAACAAAAAUAAAUUUCUUAAUACAA